AUGCGUCGUGAGCUGCUACAGAGGACAUUUGUUAUCUCACAGAGGCAACAAAAACCAACUAUGAGCUGCUUCAGUAAACGGCUGAGACGCACAGCUCCCAUGCAUGGCAGCAGCAGAAAUGAGCUGGUCCCCUACAAGCCUCCCAGGAUGAACGGAUGGUCGUGGCCCCCUCAAGCCUUUCAAGUGAUCGGCUGGCUAGUGUACAUCUACUUCGCCAUAGUUGGCUUUGGCAUCUACACCCCUCUUCUGCCUCUGCCCUGGAACCAUGUGGUCUAUGCUCUGAUGGGCUUGGCGUUUAUUGUACACUUUUUCACCCAUAUUGCUGCUGUGACUAUAGAUCCAGCAGAUGCCGGCAUGAGGGCCAAACAGAACUAUUCUGGUCCAAUGCCACUUUUUGACCGGACAAAGCAAGCCCAUGUGAUCCAGGACCUGCACUGUUAUUUAUGUGACAUCAAGGUUGGUCCUAAAGUUAAACACUGCGGUGUGUGCAAUAAGUGUAUAGAAGACUUUGAUCAUCAUUGUAAAUGGCUGAACACCUGUGUUGGUGGCAGAAACUACUGGCACUUCUUUGUGGCACUGUGCUCUGCUGCACUGGGUGUGUUCCUGCUUUUUGUUGUCAUCUUGUUCGUAUUUAUCCAGCACUAUCUGGAUCCAAACAGCCUACGGACCGAUCCACACUUUCACAAUGUGCUCGAGAAUGGGACGUGGCUGGUGUUUUUACCAUUAGCGCCCAUAAAGACUAGUUCAGCUGGUCUCCUUAUAUUAGCCUUCAUAACAGUCAUGCUGAGCAUGUCCUGCCUGGCACUGCUCACUCAUCUGCUGGGUUUCCACUUUUACCUCUUUCAUAAAGGCAUAAGCACAUAUGAUUAUGUAAAGAUGCAGCGUCAAAAACAAGCCAGAAACCAAAAUGUUGAAGAAGGAAAUCCUCAUGAUGAGAAAAUGGAGAACAAGGCCUCACAGAAUCAAGAGAGCUCAAUUAACUGUGAGCCAGCUCUGUCACAGUGUUCAAGUACAUGCAAAUUUGAUGAUAAAGGACCAUCCACCAGCCGAUUUUCAGGGUCAAUCUGCAAUGAGUUGGAAAACAUUAAGAAAUCAUCAGAAAAAGAAAAUGAUUUCCAUUAUGGUACAGAAAGUCCCACAGAGAACACAACAAGGGAAAUAUCCAUGAGCAAUAUCAAAACCUGGAAGUCUGAAGCAGAUGAAGAUGGUCAGAGUGAAAGGGUGAAGUCUACUGACAGUAUACCUGGUGUGCAGGACCCUCUGGGAAGUUCAGUUAUGAGUCUGGAUGAUACUUAGCAGUAAUUGAUAUCUGCACAGUGCUGCAUCUGAAUAUGCUGCUGCUCUCAGGAACUAUUUAUUAUAAAAAAUAUGCCUCAAGAAACUGAACCACAUUAUCAUGGAA